AUGGGGCACCAUGGGGCUCUGCCUCCUUCACUCCCUCCCAUCAGGUACAUCCACAGCAACAACAACCCCUACGCCUCCUUCGGAGCCACGCUGGCACGGGACGAGGAGCAGAACCUGUGGAGCACCCCGCAUGACGUGACCCACACGGAGGCAGAUGACGACCGGGUGCUGUACAACAUGAUCGUGGUCAGGAACCAGCUGGACAAGGACUCAGAGGUUAACCAGCCCCAGCUCCCUCAGCAGAGUAGCUCAUGGUGCUUCCACUCUCCCCUUCUCUGCAGCAACAACAACCCCUACGCCUCCUUCGGAGCCACGCUGGCACGGGACGAGGAGCAGAACCUGUGGAGCACCCCGCAUGACGUGACCCACACGGAGGCAGAUGACGACCGGGUGCUGUACAACAUGAUCGUGGUCAGGAACCAGCUGGACAAGGACUCAGAGGAAUGGCAAAAGCUCAACUAUGAUAUUUAUACCUUACGGCAGACCCGAAAAGAAGUGAGAAGCAGGUGGAAACACAUUUUGGAGGAUUUAGGUUUCCAGAAGGAAGCAGACUCCCUCUUGUCAGUGACCAAACUCAGCAUCAUCAGUGACUCUCAGAACAUGGGCAAAGCCCGGGACAUCCUGUUGAAGCUCUCCGAAGAGACAAACAUCUUCCCCACCAGCUGGGAGCUUUCCGAGCGCUACCUCUUUGUGGUGGAUCGACUCAUAGCUUUGGAUGCUGCAGAUGAGUUCUUCAAGAUGGCCAGCGUGGUGUAUCCAAAGAGGGCCAGCGGGGAAAGAGGGGACGAUGGCCAGAAGGCCCCACAGUGUAUCUCCAUCACGAUACCCUGAGGAGCGUGCCUCGCCGGCGCAAGAUGGACAGAGGGUUUCCUUCCCUCCAGGACCGGUCUCCUCUGCCAAGGGGUCAGCACGAGUAGUGCCUCUCCUUGUUUUCCAGCAGAGAAGCGAGCGGGCCGGCCGGAGCAGAUCGAGGUGGUCAGCAAGCUGUGCCCUACCAGGAGGGCACGGGAAGGUGGAUGCUGACCCCAAGGUGCUCCCAAGCAGAGGGGAGCAAGAACUGCCGUAGCGUAGCCCCGGUGGGAGACCACUAGCCUAAGUAGUGUGUGUGAUAGGCACGAGGGGAACCUGCUGCACAAGGCGUUGCUACCAGUAGCUUCUGAAGUUGAGAUUCCUCUAGUUGUAAGUGCUGUGAGGAGAUCUGAGUUUCCAUCUUCUGCUGGUACCUGCCACCGUCCCCUCCCUCAGCUCUGCUAGCUGGGAGGACAAAUACCUCAGUUGUCUACAACUCCCUCCUGUUUCUCUGUGCACUGGUCCUCUUCUUCAUCCCACCAUCCUGGUGGCAGCCCCACCAGGCAGGUCCCAGUGGAUUUGGCAAAGCCUUGGAGCAACGUCGCAGUUGGGCGCCGUGUCCCCUGCCAUUAGUGGUUUGGAGGUGUUUAUAUCAGGGGUACUUAGCCCAAGAUCUUAAAAGAAGGUAGAUUUUAGGAAGGUGCCAAGGUCAGACCUGCUGAGAGUUUGGCUCCUGUAGUAUCCUCAGGUUGGUUGCCCAACAUCUUAAUUAAUUUCUGAUUUGGUCUUCAUUGCAUAAAAAAACCCCCACUAUAAAGCUGCAUGUGCUGUCAAUAUAUACCCUCCCUGCUGUUAAUGAGGAUUUUUAAUGAACAUCCUUUAUAUCUUGGGUUUUUUGUCUGGUAACAAGCAAUAAUUUUUAAACACUGGAUUUGAUCUUUUAAAAACAAGUGGAAGUUCUUUACUGGUUACCACAUAUGCUGCUAAUUGGCCAGCUAAAAAAUGCUGGUUUCACAGGACCUCCCAAAAGAGCAAACCAGAGCUUUUAUUUGUUUAUACCUACAGUGUUUGAAAGAUAUGUACAUAUAUAUUUAUGAAUUGAUUCUGUUUGUCAGUCUUUUGGGGAAACAUUUUUUUGUCAACUCAAGACAUCAGUGAAAACUGAGUUUAAUAAACAAAACACAUUACGAAA